AUGAAGCUCUUCUUGCUCCUCCUCUGCUUCGCAGGGCUGGCCCCCGCCGGCUGCAGCGUGAUUCAGUUCGGUUCAAUGAUUAAGCACAAGACCGGGAAAUCGCCACUGUCCUACAACGGUUACGGCUGCUACUGCGGCUUGGGGGGAUCCAAACAGCCGCUGGAUGCGACCGACUGGUGCUGCCAUGCCCACGACUGCUGCUACAAGAAGCUGUCUUCCUCUCGCUGCAGUCCCAAACUGGUGACAUACAAAUACUCCACCUUGGGAAGCCAGAUAAUCUGCGGAUCCGGGACCUGGUGCGAAAGAGGGAGCUGCGAGUGCGACAAGCGGGCGGCAGAGUGCUUCCAAAGGGUGGCCAGGACCUACCGCAACUCUUACAAGAAUUACCCCAACUUUCUGUGCAAGGGCACAACUCCCUCCUGCUAG